CUAAUGUUGAAGUAUUGAUGGGAAAAUCCUGUCCCCAACCACCUGCUGUGUUCUCAGUCUCUCAGUUUGACUUUCCACAUGUGCAGCCAGCUUUCCCAGGACAGUCCACACACUGGUUAACAGUAGCAGUAUAAAUACGAGCCUGUUGUUAACACAAGGUUUAGGCUCACACUACACACUCUACGGUCAUGAGGAGGCUAGUGGUUCUCACUUUUCUGGUAGCUAGCGCCUACGGAUGUGGCCUUCCCACCUUCCCUCCCGUGCUGAGCAGGGUGGUGGCAGGAGAGGACGUCCGGCCUCACAGCUGGCCCUGGCAGGUCUCGCUCCAGUCGGACAGCAGUGGGCGCUGGAGGCACGUCUGUGGAGGCACCCUCAUCUCUUCUGACUGGGUCCUCACUGCUGCGCACUGCAUCAACGACCGCUACAACUACAGCGUGGAGCUGGGUAAACACAGCCUGGAGACGAGCGAGGAGGGCUCGACAGCCCGGAGAGCAGCCACAAUCAUCCCUCAUGAGGACUACAACAUCAUUCUGAGCCGUAACGACAUCGCCCUGAUCAAGCUGUCCUCCCCGGUCACCUUCUCUGACACACUCGUGCCCGCCUGCGUGCCAGACCAGGGCCUCGUCCUGCCCCAUGGGGCUCCCUGCUACAUCACCGGCUGGGGUCGACUCUCCACACUGCACCUGUCCCCCCGAGUGAACCUCCCUCAACAAAAAAUGUUGUUUCCCACCCAAGUUAAGCCCAUUUCGUCCCCCGCAGCCAGCGGCCCUCCGGCUGACAUCCUGCAGCAGGCUCUCCUGCCGGUAGUUGACCACGAUACCUGCUCACAGCCCGACUGGUGGAGCGUCCUGGCAACAGACAAGAUGGUCUGUGCCGGAGGUGACGGCAUCACUGCAGGCUGCAAUGGAGACUCUGGUGGUCCCCUGAAUUGCCAGAACCCCGAUGGCUCCUGGGACGUCCACGGUGUGGUGAGCUUCGGUUCUGGUCAGGGCUGCAACGUCCUCCAGAAGCCCACCGUCUUCACACAAGUCAGCUCCUACAUCGACUGGAUCAACAACGCUAUGACCAACCACUGAAGAAGAAGCCGUUCAAGUGCUUUUGUCAGCAAUAAGAAGAACUAUGAUUUAUAAUGUUAGAGCAAAGUAAAAGUAAAACGCUGUUUACCAGUGCAAACAAAUGGAAUGCAGAGUCAUUGGUGUUAACUUAAAGCUAAAGUACUGAUCAUG